UUAACAGACAGCAGUGCCCAAGAAAAGAGAGCCCGUGGGAGGCAGAAGCACCAUCAACAUCAUCAUUCUUCCCAAUGCACUCCUCCACUCUCAGUUUCCACCUUCACAAACACUCCUCUUCUCCCAUGUCUUUUUCUUUGCGACCAAAUUGCUACAACUAAGAAUAGCAUUUUGACUCAUUUUCUGAGAUCUCUCUUUUUUCUCUCUCUCAUGAGCUUGAUAUUUGCCACAUUGUGCUAAUACUUGGAAUCCUAGCAUUUGAGUUUCGAUAGUUUCAAGAACAUGGUCACACAAGUAUUACAACAAAGGAUUUUUUGUUUUUCGUUAUAAGCUGAGUUCGUCAUAGCUUGCUGCAUUUUCUUGCUUGGAAUCUCCAUUGCAGAGGACCUUGAGAUGAGACUAGAAAACCAGAUAAAUGAUCGGGAUUCAUCCUCGGGACGAAGUCUGGAUGGAAGUUUCAGGAAGCCUAGAUCUGAUAGUGUUAUUGAGUUUUUAGACAAUUAUUGCAAGUGCUGAUUGCAAAGAUUUGAUGAUUGCAGCUGCAUCCUUACCUACUAAAUCCAGCUCUUCAAGCAAGUUCAUUCCAACUUCAAAAAGGGUUUAUAAAGUGCUCAAAGAUUAUGCAGCAAAACUUGUUGACCUCAACUUAUUUACACAAUGUGUUGAAGACUGGGUCCUGGAAAACUUACAUACAGAUAGUUACAACCAUGAACAGUAUUCUAACACUCCCUUUCAAAUUGAUGAGCUCUGUACCCUCGAUUUUGCAUUGGAGGGGGUGCUAUUUCAACAGCUAUUCCGCAUGCCUUGCUCGCCACAUAUUUCUGAAGAUCAUAUAGAGGAUGAACUUCUGGCUCUUGAAGAUUUUCUACAUACAGUUGCAGAUGGAUUAUGGCAUACCUUUUGGCACAAAAGCAAGCCCUUGCCCUUUUUUGUAUCUUUUCCUCGCUAUCCUGGAUCCAAGUUCUAUUCCAUUGAGAAAGCAAUAUCAAGGGGGAGGCUAAAGGAGCUCUCUGGUGCAGCUCUGAUGUCAAAAAUUAGUGGGAAUGUACAUGUUCGCUGGGAUGAGGUGGUCGUGUUUUCUUUAUUCAAACAUGACAGUGGAGUGGGAGAUGAAUUUAGUUUGUCUUCUACUGUUGCCUGUGAAGCACUAUUCUAUGCUAUCCACAUACUUCUUGCUCGUAGUUUGAGUAGAAGUAACGCUGUUAGCAGUUACUCUGUUUAUGUUUUAGUACUGGACUCUAAAUUUGCCAGUGUGGUAAAAUUGGGUGGUGACCUUGGAAAUCUUGAAGUUGACUUAAACAAUCCAUACCAAUCCGUGGCAGAAUGGAUAAAGUUUCACGCUGAAGUUAGCUUUUCCCCUGUGGAGCAAAUAUGGAACAAGCUAGGAAAUGUAAAUUGGCGAGACAUGGGGACUCUACAGCUGCUUUUGGCAUCCUUUAAUUGUAUUGCUCAAUGGAUUGGACCGCCGAGAAAAUCAAUAGCCUCACUUGCAGCUGAUCACAGCCUUCGUCUUCAGAAGCGCAGAGUUGAAUGCCGCCUCAUUGAGAAUGAAAAUGCACUGAUCCCUUGUCAAGCUACUAGACAUGAUCAUGGGGAAAUUGUUGAAUACCACAACAACCCAAACCCCAGCAAGCAAGGAUCUCGUUUGAAGUUUAACCAGGAUGAAAUAUUGGUUGUUGAAGACCACCUCCUCGAACAGAGAAGUUUCCAAAUACACGAAUGUCUGCUUGAAGGAAACUGCUGCUCCUACACUGCUGUGGCUUUGGCCCAUCCCACGGAAUUACUAAUGUUACACAUUGGUGCUCAUACAUCUCGUCUGGAACCAUCAUGGGAGGACAUGAGUUUGUGGUAUCAAGUCCAGAGACAAACUAAAGUUCUGAAUAUCCUAAAAGAACAGGGUAUCACAAGCAAGUCUUUGCCUGAAAAAAUUGCCUCGGGCAAAAUUCUGCAUUCUGGUCCUUGUGAGAAGCAGAGCCCUAAGGGAUGCUGUGAUCAUCCUUGGUGUGGAACCCCAAUACUUGUAACUUAUCCAGUAGGAGAAACGCUUUCAUCUAUUUUACCUUAUCAUGGUCCAUUUUCAGCUGAAGAAGCCACCCGUUGUUGUCGAGACUGUCUUGCAGCCUUGAGGAGUGCAAAAAUGGCCAACAUCCAGCAUGGUGAUAUCUGUCCCGAAAACAUAAUCUGUGUCAGUGAUAGCACAAGAGGCAGUUGCCUGUAUGUCCUAGUCUCCUGGGGUCGAGCAAUUUUGGAGGACAGAGACAGUCCAGCAAUAAAUUUACAGUUUUCAUCUGCACAUGCACUACAGAACGCAAAGCUUUGUCCAUCAUCUGAUGCAGAGAGUAUUAUUUACCUUAUUUAUUUUAUUUGUGGAGGAAACAUGCAGCAGCAAGAUUCUAUUGAAUCAGCAUUACAAUGGAGGCAAAGAUGCUGGGCUAAGCGUCUAAUUCAGCAGCGGCUAGGUGAGGUUUCAGCCCUCUUGAAAGCAUUUGCUGAUUAUGUAGACAGCCUUUGUGGAACACCAUAUCCAGUUGAUUAUGAUACUUGGCUGAAGAGAUUAAGUAGAGCUGUAGACAACUCGAUCGACAGGGGGAAAACCAUAGAUGAAGUUUUGAGGAUAAAGGAUACUGGUGAGACUUCCGGAACUUCUGGUGGUGGAAAUUCUUCAACAUGCUAAAACUUAAAAGCAAAAUUUGAAAAGAUUGUAGUUCAGCUUUUGUUUUUUUACUUGCUUUGAGAUUGAGAUGAGUGUUUGGUGGUUUAUUUAUAUACUUCAGACUAAUUUGAAUUUAACAUGUUGCUGUUUCAAAUGAAGCGUCGCUGAAUUUCAAAUUCCAUCUUUUGUGAAAGUUCGAUUUUCCAUAAAAUCAAAUGUAAAUGAAUUCCAUAUAAUUAAAUGUAAAUGAAAUUUGUGGC